GAAUUUUCGCGCCGAUUAUUCCAGUCUGUCAGCCCGCGAGUUUCUAUCUGCGUUUCUGUGUAUCGCUGACGCCUUUGUGCUAUAAUCUAAUUUAUAGUCCAAUAAAUAGCAGAAGACUUUGAAGACAACAUGCAGCGGAGCAUCGCAUCCUUCUUUCAGCCCAAGAGCAAGGACGCUCAGAAGAAAACUGCAGAUGAACCUGUGAAAAAACCUACCAAGAGUCCUCUGAAGGUGCAGAACGGUGUGCAGGAAUCAGACUCGCCCAUCAAGAAGGUGGUCAAACGCUGCCGCCAGAUCGUGGACAGCGAUGAAGAGGAGGCGCCGGACGUUAAGGAACAAGUCGCCGCGAAGGCACAGACGGACAAGGACGGCUCUGAUAAAACACAAAAGAAGGAUGACGUGUUUAAGGCGGUUCCCACCCCGCUGUCUCCACCACCAGCCCCGACCACGCCCGCCACCCCGGCUACCCCGGCCUCUUCGGCUUCACCCGGGACCCCGACAACCCCCAACUCCAUCUCCCCGUCCGGCAUCGUGAAACGCAAGACCGCGAGGAAGAUGUUCCCCAAGAGGAAGCUGGACGAGAGCAGGAGCGGCGGCGAGAGUCAGAGGGAGGAGGCCGGGCCCGGGGAGGAGCAGGGUCAGCAAAGCAAGCGACCCCGCGUGGAGAGCGUCGACCCCGGAGCAGGAAGCACCGACGAACCCAUGGAGGAGGGAGCAAAGGAGGAGACGGUUGAAAAGGCAGUGACCGAGGCUAACGGCCCGGAUGAGGAGGUGGAGAAGAAGAAGAAGAAGAAGAAAAGCUCUGAUGAGAAAGGAAAGAAAGCUGAGGGGGCGGAAAAGAAAAAUGAAGCAAAGGAGGAGGAGGACGAUGAUGAUGAUGAGGUGGUUGAAAAGAACACGCAAAAGAAAGGAGAGAGCCCGAAAAGUCAGACACCAAAGGAGCAGAAAGAUAAGGAGCCGGCCAAGAAGGCCCCUAUCAGCAGUUUCUUUGUUCCCAGAAAAGCAGCAGCAGCAGCAGUGAAGACGGAGAAAACGGACAAGAGCGAAGGAGAGGAGAAGAAUAAUAAGAAGAAGAGCGGCGACAGGAGGAGUUCGGAAGAGGAGAGUAAAGAUGUGAAAGGUGAAUCAGAACAAGCCGACUACAAUCCAUCCAGGCCGAGCUACCACCCCGUGGACCACGCCUGCUGGAAGCAAGGCCAGAAAGUCCCGUACUUGGCGGUCGCUCGCACGUUUGAGAAGAUUGAAGAGGACUCGGGAAGGCUGAGGAACAUCGAGACGCUGUCGAACCUGUUUCGCUCCGUGCUGCUGCUCUCUCCAGAUGACCUGCUGUGCUGCGUGUACCUGUGCUUGAACCAGCUGGGUCCUGCCUACCUGGGGAUGGAGCUUGGCGUCGGAGAGACGGUUUUGAUGAAAGCUGUUGCUCAAGCAACUGGGCGACAAUUGGACAAAAUUAAAGCGGAGGCUCAGGAGAAAGGCGACUUGGGCCUCGUGGCGGAGAGUUCCCGUAGCAACCAGCGCAUGAUGUUCCAGCCGGCCAGUCUGACAGCAGGGGGCGUAUUCAGGAAAUUGAAGGAAAUUGCCAGCAUGAGUGGGAACUCGGCCAUGAAUAAGAAAAUCGACAUCAUCAAAGGCCUCUUUGUGGCAUGCCGCUUUUCAGAGGCCCGCUACAUAGUCAGGUCUCUGGCUGGGAAACUGAGGAUCGGCCUCGCUGAGCAGAGCGUCCUCUCUGCGCUGGGUCAAGCUGUCUGUCUGACCCCGCCUGGACAAGGUUUCCCUCCCACUGUGAUUGAUGCAGGGAAGGGGAUGAGCGCUGAGAGCAGGCGGGCCUGGAUCGAAGAGAAGACUCUCAUUCUCAAACAGACUUACUGCGAGAUGCCCAAUUACGACGUCCUCGUCCCCGUUCUCCUAAAAGAGGGCAUAGACCAGCUACCCAAUCACUGCAAGCUCACUCCAGGUGUACCGCUGAGACCCAUGUUGGCUCACCCCACCAAGGGCGUCGGCGAGGUGAUGAAGAGGUUCGACGAGGCCGCGUUCACCUGCGAGUACAAAUACGACGGGGAGCGCGCACAGAUUCACAUUCUGGAGAACGGCGAAGUUCGAAUAUUCAGCCGCAACCAGGAAGACAACACCAGCAAAUACCCAGAUAUCAUCUCACGCAUUCCCAAGAUGAAGAAGGACUCGGUGGUGUCCUGCGUCCUGGACACGGAGGCGGUGGCCUGGGACCGUGAGAAGAAGCAGAUCCAGCCCUUCCAGGUCCUCACCACCCGCAAGAGAAAGGAUGUGGAUGCCUCGGAGAUCAAAGUCCAAGUGUGUGUGUACGCCUUUGACCUCCUCUAUCUGAACGGCGAGUCCCUGGUGCGACAGCCGCUGUGUCGGCGUCGGGCUCUGCUCAAAGAAAGCUUCUUGGAGGUGGAAGGAGAGUUUGUGUUCGCCCGAUCCAUCGACUCUGACAACACCGAAGCCAUCGCAGAGUUCCUGGAGCAGUCUGUCCGAGACUCCUGCGAGGGCCUCAUGGUGAAGACUCUGGAGAAGGACGCCACCUAUGAAAUCGCCAAGCGCUCGCACAACUGGCUCAAGCUGAAGAAGGAUUACCUGGAGGGGGUGGGCGACACCAUGGACCUGUGUGUGAUCGGUGCCUAUCUGGGGAAGGGAAAGAGGACGGGAACCUACGGGGGCUUCCUGCUCGCCUGCUACGACGAGGACAACGAGGAGUUCCAGUCCGUCUGCAAGAUCGGGACGGGCUUCAAGGAUGAGGAUCUGGAACAGCAUUACAAGUUCUUAAAGGAGCACAUCCUGCCCAGACCCCGAGCCUACUACCGCGUGGACCAGUCGGCCGAGCCGGACGUGUGGCUGGACGCCGUGCAGGUCUGGGAGGUGAAGUGCGCCGACCUCUCGCUGUCGCCCGUCUACAAGGCCGCCAUGGGGAUGGUGGAUCCAGAGAAGGGCAUUUCUCUGAGGUUCCCCCGUUUCCUUCGGAUUAGAGACGACAAGAAGCCAGAGGACGCCACGACUGGAGCUCAGAUUGCUGAUUUGUACAAGAAGCAGCAGCAGAUUCAGAAUCAGGGGGAUAAAGCCGACCCAGAGGACUAUUACUGAUCAUCUGGAGUCGCCAGCCGAGAAUAAUACCAACAACAAAAUGGUUCGUUGUAAUUGUAAAUAGCUUCUUUCUUGGUGUACUGUUCAAUGAAAAUAAAGCCACUUUUAAACGUG